AUGGACUCCAAGGGGCAUGCCUCUGAAUCUUCCAUGGAGGUUCGUCAAGAGCCUCCUAACCCUGAAGAAAAGCCCAACGACGCUCAGUCAUUUCCCGAUGGAGGCUUGCAAGCAUGGCUUGUUGUUUUGGGAGCGUUUUUUGGUCUGUUUAUCAGCUUUGGAUGGACGAACUGUGUCGGCGUGUUCCAAGAAUACUAUGAAACCCACCAGCUGGCCUCAUUCUCACCGAGUACAGUGUCUUGGAUUCCAGCAGUGUCUAUGUGCACAAUAUUCAUUGCAGGACCUUUCGUGGGACAGCUGUUUGACCAUUUCGGCCCUAGAGUUCUCCUGCUCCUUGGCAGUACCAUCCAUGUUUUUGGGUUGAUGAUGGCAUCCAUUUCAUCUCAAUAUUAUCAAUUCAUUCUCUGUAUCACAACAUGGUUUCUGAAGAAACGUGCUCUAGCAAUGGGAAUCGCCGCCAGUGGAUCUAGUAUGGGCGGAGUCGUGAUGCCUAUUAUGGUAAAUCGACUUAUACCCAUUAUCGGUUUUGGUUGGACAAUGCGAACAUGCGCAUUUAUGAUGCUGGGUCUCCUGAUCAUAACCAAUUUGACAGUUCGAUCACGACUACGUCCUCAGCCGAAAAACUUCGGAGUUGCAUCUUUUUUUGCAGCAUUUAAAGAUCCUCCUUUUCUCUUGUUAGCGAUGGCCGGAUUCUUCUACUCUAUGGGGAUGUCGCCAGAGCUCGCUGGUUAUCUGGUUUCUAUGUUCAAUGGGGCAAGCGGUAUCGGACGCAUUCUCCCCGGAUACAUAGCUGAUAAAGUGGGAAACUUUAACGUAUCCCUUUUCGCCGCAUGCCUAUCGACGAUUUUAGUCUUUGGAGUCUGGCUGCCUGGACAUUCCCAUGCAACUACUAUAGUCUUUGCGUCUCUAUUUGGACUCAGCACUGGAACCUAUACAGCUAUGAGCCCUGCCCUGGUGGCCCAAAUAUCCGACAUACGGGAAAUCGGACUAAGAUCAGGAGCAAUGUACGCAUUCAUGUCUAUAGCGGCUCUUACGGGAAGCCCCAUUGGAGGGGCCCUCAUUACUGCAGCAGGAGGAAGUUAUUGGAAAUUGCAAGUUUUCACUGGGGUCAUGCUUGCUGUAGGAAGCGCCUUUUAUGGAGCUUCAAAGCUCUACCUGGCGAAAGUUGCUGCGUUGGGAAAGACUUCAAACCCCGUUUCAAACACUGGUUCACCUUCAUUCCGUCACCACCGUAACCAUGAGAAGGCGUUCGGUGCCAUUGCACAGCCUGUCAUGGAGCAGCACAUUGAUGCUAUGGUGGUUGGGUUAGGGUUCAGCGGUAUAUACCAGUUAUACAAACUCCGUGAGCUUGGUCUCUCAGUGAAAGCUGUCGAGGCUGCUCCUGAAGUUGGAGGUACAUGGUACUGGAACAGAUAUCCGGGUGCAACGAGCGACACGCAUAGCGAAGUUUUUCGCUAUAGUUGGGAUAAGGAGGAUUUACUCACUUAUCCUUGGAAGACUCGAUAUCUACCCCAGGCCGAAAUAAAAGGGUACUUGAAGCACGUGGUUAAACGCCAUGAUCUAGAGCAGCAUAUCCAACUGAACACUCGUAUGGAGUCGGCGCAUUAUCUCGACAACAGCUGGCAAAUACGACUAUCUACUGGUGAAACGUUUCGAGCAAGAUAUCUCACCACGGCUCUAGGCGCGUUAUCGAAAACUUAUUUUCCUCAGAUUCCUGGUCUUGACACCUUUACCGGCGAAAUGUACCAUACGGGAAACUGGCCAGACGCCCAUGAUUUCUCGAAGAAAUGCGUUGGAGUCAUCGGCAACGGUUCUACCGGCGUCCAGCUCAUCAUAAGCCUUGCUGAUCAAGCCAAGCAACUGGUUUCAUUCCAACGACACCCACAACACGUGGUUCCAAACGGUGAUGGCCAAGUUACGGCAGAAGAUCGGAAACGCAUCAAUAAGAACUAUGAUGAAAUAUGGAAAAACGUCAAGACAAACAUCUCCGGACAUGCUAUUACAGAGUCAUCAAUCCCGGCCAUGAGCGUCACCGCUGAGGAGCGCGAGCGCGUAUUUGAGCAAGUCUGGAAGACAGGCAACGGAAUAAAGUUCCUAUUCGGUACUUUUGGAGAUAUCGCCAUAAGUGACGAAGCGAACAAGGAAGCGGCGGACUUCAUUGGCAGAAAUAUUAAGCACAUUGUCAAAGACCCUAUCAAGGCCCGCACUUUAACUCCGCCUGGUGGAUUCAACCGCCGCCCAGUCACAGCCAACGGCUACUACGAGACUUUUAACAAAGAAAAUGUCGACGUUGUGGAUGUGCUGAAUACGCCUAUGGAAAUCUUUCCAAAUGGUAUUAAGCUCUCGGAUGGUACAGUGUACAAUCUGGAUGUUAUUGUAUUUGCUACGGGCUUUGACGCCGUCGAUGGCAUGUACCAUGAAAUUUCGAUAGUCGGACAGAGCGGCCGGACGCUAGAAGAUCACUGGGCCGAUGGAGCGAAAGCGUAUCUAGCCACUACGAUGAAUGGGUUUCCAAACAUGUUUGUGGUUAACGGGCCUCAAGGUCCAUUGACCAACGUACCACCUCUCAUCGAAACCCAAGUGGACUUCAUUACAGGUCUCAUUGCUACUGCAGAAACAAGCAAGGAAAAAAUGGCAACUGAAUCUCAAAACGGAAAUAAGCAGCUAGGGCCAGUAAUUGAAGUUACGCAGGAAGCUGAGGAUGGAUGGCUGGCAAAAAUUAAUGAGAUCGGCGCAAUGACUGUGUUUGCCAAAGGAGGGUCAUGGCUCACUGGAGCUAACGUCGAUGGAAAGAAGCAGGUAUUUCUAUAUUACGUGGGAGGGGUAGGCAAUUAUAACAGGGUUGUUCAGGCUGAAAUAGACGCAGGGUAUCCUAGCUUCAACAGAUUCUACUGA